CGUGCUUACAGAUUUUCCGCUAAGUGAUGAACUUCAGCAGGGAUGUGGCCCGGCAGACCAGCUGUUAUACGUAUGUGAUAGAAGAUGAAGAUUCAGCCCUGGCAAACUUAAACGCUAUUGAGCUGGCAGAGAAGGGUGACCUGGCCCUUCUGGAGAACCUGGUGAAAAAGAGCCCAGAGGUGCUGAGCGAGAAAGAUGAAUGUGGAGCCGGUCCCCUUCAUUAUGCGGCGGCAGGGGGCCACAUCACGCUCAUCCAAUUUAUCAGCGCUGUCGUAGACUCACAGGAGCUGAACAGCUGUGACGAGCAGGGCAAUGUGCCCUUGCACUGGGCCGUGGAGAAGAACAAAGCAGAGAGCUGCAGGGCCCUCCUGGAUCUGGGAGCGGACCCCAACGUCCUCAACACGGCCCUCCUGUCUCCCUUGCACCUGGCUGUCAGCCUUGGACACAACGUUCUGGUGGAGCUGCUUUUGUCCCACAGUGCCACAGACUGCAACCAACAGGGAGACCUUGGAAACACCCCGUUAAUACUGGCCUGCUCUAUUAAUAACUGCGAGGCUCUCAGCAUGUUGAUAAAGCACGGAGCCAAGCUCUGCCAGCAGAACAAGCUCGGCCAUUUCGCCAUGCACGCCGCCGCCUUCGCAGGUGCUAAGAAAGCAAUGGAAGUCGUCCUGAAGGCCGGAGAGGAGCACGGCCACGCCACAGUAUCCCACAUCAACUAUUUAGACAAGUCCAAGAGCAGCCCUCUCCAUCUGGCUGUACGUGGCGGGAAUAUUGAGACCAUCCGUCUCUGCAUUGAAACCGGGGCCAAAAUAGACCAGCAACAGAACGAUCGGUCCACACCGCUUCAUUUGGCCUGCACCCAGGGAGCUACUGAGGUGGUCAAAUUGAUGCUUUCCACUGUGGACCAAGUAGAGGAUGUCGUUAACUUAACUGAUGGGGCCUGCCAGACCCCUCUACACAGGGCUACAAUAUUUGACCACGUGGAACUGGUGGAGUACUUAAUUUCUUUGGGUGCAGAUCUCAACAGAACUGACUGUAAAGGAAACUCUCCCUUGCUGUUGGCCACCUUCUGUGGAGCGUGGAAGACUGUAGCUCUUCUGCUUUCAAAAGGAGCCAACGUUAAUGCAAAAGACAUAAGUGGCUGCAACUUCCUUCAUCUGGCCAUUCUGCAGCCCAAAGGUUUGAAAAACCUCUCGGAGGAAGUACUGCAGCAAAACAGUGUGAAAGCAUUGCUGAACUGUGAGGACCAUGAGGGCUGCACCCCGCUCCACUACGCCUGCAGACUGGGGAUCCAUGACUCAGUGAAGAACAUGCUGGGCCUCUCGGGGCAGGUCGGCCUCGCGUACAAGUCCAAGGACAAGAAGUCUGCCUUGCACUUUGCUGCUCAGUAUGGACGCAUCAAUACCUGCCACAGAUUACUGGAGACCAUCACAGACUCCCGUCUGCUGAACGAAGGGGACGAGAGGGGCCUGACCCCGCUCCAUUUGGCCUCAAAGGAGGGGCACACCAAGGUGGUUCAGUUGUUGCUGCGCAAAGGAGCUCUCUUCCACAGCGAUUACAAAGGCUGGUCUUGCUUGCACCAUGCUGCAUCUGAAGGAUACACCCAAACCAUGGACAUCCUGCUUUCAGCCCAUCUCAAACUACUGGAUAAAACUGAUGAAGACGGGAACACAGCUCUGCACAUCGCUGCAAGAGCAGGACACGUGGCAGCGGUCAGGCUGUUGCUGGUCAAAGGGGCAGAGAUCGUCUUGAACAAGAAUCACACGUCAUUCCUCCACGAGGCGGUGCAAAACGGGAAAAAAGACGUGGUCAAUGCCGUCAUCGAUAGUGACAGAUGUGAUGAAUCUUUAAGGGAAUUCAAUCCCACCACCAACCAGCGCUGCCCCAUACUGGACAUGAUCGAGUCACUGCCCGAGACCUGCAAGCAUCUGCUGGACCGCUGUGUGCGGGAAUCUGAUGAAGACCACAACAGCCCUGACUACCAUAUUGAAUACAAUUUCAGAUGGCUCCAGGCUCCCAUUUCAGCGAAGAAGUUGACAAACCAUUUUGUAAAGAUUCAGCCCUUAGCUGCCUUGAAUGCAAUGGUGAAGUACAACAGAAUUGAGCUGCUGAACCACCCUGUAUGCAAAAAGUAUCUGGCGAUGAAGUGGGUUGCUUAUGGGAGCAAAGCUCAUUUGCUCAACAUGUUUUUGUACCUGUUAGGGCUGAUGCCCCUAACUCACCUGAUAGUGACUCUUAGACCCUCUAUGAACACCACUGAGACAGGAGAAUAUGACAUCAUCAUGGUGCCCAUAUCUUUUACUGAGCAAAGCGUGUUCUUGUCCUUCUCCAUGGUGAUGGUGUUAGUCAUGAAUAUCUACUCAAUAGCGAAGGAAGUUGUGCAGAUGUCACAACAGCGUUGGAAUUACUUCAGAGAUUAUUCCAACACGUCUGACUGGUUUUCAGCCAUCUUCUCUCUACUGUUCAUCAUACCCCUCAUACUCAAUGUGGAAGGUUCAUUGCACUGGCAAGCAGGGGCAACAGCGGUUUGGACCUCCUGGAUUGGAUUUCUCCUUUAUCUCCAGAGGUUUGAGGGAGUUGGCAUCUACGUCGUGAUGUUUGGGGAGAUCAUGAGGACACUGGUCCGGAUUGUGACACUGUUUGUGUACCUGAUGUUGGCGUUCAGCUUGGCGUUCUAUGCUCUGAUGCUUAACCAGAGGGAAUUCAACACUGUGCCACUCUCAGUGAUGCAGACCUUUGUGAUGAUGGUUGGGGAACUGAACUACCAGAGCAACUUCCUGGAUGCCUUUCUGAAAAAUCAGCUUCCAUUUGGCCUCUUGACAUACUUUGUUUUCAUUCACUUUGUUAUGCUCAUGCCAAUCCUACUGGUGAACCUGAUGAUUGGUUUGGCAGUUGGAGACAUUGCUGAAGUUCAAAGAAAUGCCGCCCUGAAACGAAUAGCUAUGCAGAUCGAUCUCCACACUGCUCUGGAAGAUAAGCUCCCAUACUGGUUUAUGAAGCGAGUGGACAAGCCUUCCGUCAUCGUCUACCCCAAUCGCAAGUGCUCUAAGCACUUCAUUAAACAAUUCUUUUCUGGGGAGGAAGAAAAAAACGAAAUUUGGAGUCGUCUGCAGUCUAAAUCCAAGAGCUGUACCAUUGUGGAGAAUGAGCUGAAAAAGCAGAAGUACAGAAUGAAAGAGAUGUCAAGCAUAAUGGAGAAGCAGCAUAACCUCCUGAAGCUCAUUAUCCAGAAGAUGGAGAUCUCCUCUGAGGCUGAUGAGUAUGAUGGUCCUACGACUCUCAGAGGCAGUUUGGGUCCAACCUUAAUUCAGGCUAAAACGAAAAGCCGCUCAUCAUCUCGAUGGGUGCCGCUUAUUAAGGCCCUCGAGUCCAAGCGUAAAUGAAGAAGAAUAAACAAGCAAAAUAACAAUCAUACAAUUUUGCACAAUUAAUUGACGCUAUAUUAAAGAGGUAUAAGUGUACCAGAAGGGAAAAUGGUAUGCCAAAGGUAUGCAGGCAUGAGCAUGCUGAUAUAUGUGAACAUAUUUCAUUUCUCUGAACACUCUCUGCAUGCCGCCACAGAUAAUUAAAUAAAGUUAACUGACUACUCUGUUGGGAUAUGUUUCACAAAUGACGCUUUAAGCUGUGAAUGCAAUUGUCACGACCAUUUAAGACCAAAAUAUGAAAGGAUUUCAUUUCUACAACUGUGUCAAAAACAGAUGAUACAAACUGGGACGAAUGUGUGGCUCUAGAAAUAAAAAAUGUAAAAGUUAAGUAACACUAUUAAACCGUAGUGACAUUAGGGAUCAUGCAUGGCAGACACAAUAGCACUAGUGUUCAGUGAGUCACGUCAGAGAUCUUUUAGUCAAUCGAUGUCCUUUUGUGUUAUGUAUGCAGUGUUGCCAUUCAUCUGUAACAAACAGUUACUAUUUCUGUAACGCCGUUCUGUGUCUUUCUGUGUAAUGUGAGCUCUAUAAUCUUUCAAGUACAAGUCUUUUCUCUUAUUAUCUAAUCAAACAUGUUUUAAUCAAUUUCAAGUUGAAUUGAGUUAAAUGUAAUAGAAUUAACGGAUGGAUAGAUUGAUGAAUAAUUUGAUAGUCCUUCAAAUGGCCCAUUACUCUCAUCUAAACUGUCAUGAAACUGACAUGAAUGUACGGACGAGUUUGUCAGAGACCAUAAUCAUUUUUUCGUGUUAUAAAAGGCAUCUGUGGUGAUCUUAGCAGUGUUGCUUUCAAAACUGAGAUUAGUACCCAAAAAACUUUUAUCCAAAUAUGACUUAAACGAAACCAGAAAAGAUAUUAAUCUGGGAAACCAACCCAUUCAUAAUUAUUUUUCAUCAAAAUGUCAUGAUCGGCAGUUUCCAAAGCAGCAGUUUGAUCAAGUAAAGCUAAAAGCUGGGAGUUUGAGACAAUGCUGAGAUUGAGAUGAUUGAUUACUUGAAUUUGUGAGUUUGUGUGCUUUGGUUGGUUCUGUGGACAAUAAA